UGCUGAGCUGGGAUCAUGAGCCAGUAUUGUUUCAAUCUUAAUUACUACGGUCUGUCUAUAGUAUGUGAAGACCGUGUGUGAAGACAUACAGACUGUGUGGGAGGUGUAACUGGAGCAGUUUAUUCACACUUACCUCAGAGCUUCACUCAACCACUACAAUACACACGACAGCGCUCAGCUCUCCAGCUCUUCUGUCACUUUCAGCUUUCAGGAACUUAACAGAACUUUUCUCCUGUGUUUUGUUUAAAUGUCAACUUUUCUGAAUUCAAGUCGGUUGUUAUUUGAAGAAAAUGGGAAAUGUUGAGACUUUUAUUUUCUUCUGUUUGUGCUCAUGGAGUCUGGCCGGUGUGUUUGGUGAUGAAGUGAAGUCAGUGUCAGUGAUGGAGGGAGAUUCUGUCACUCUACACACACAUGAUACUGAUAUACAGAAAGAUGAUCAGAUAAUGUGGAGAUUUGGACAAAUUCUCAUUGCUCAAAUCAACAGAAAAAUCAAUAAGAUCAGUGUUUAUAAUGAUAAUGCUGACGGGAGAUUCAGAGACAGACUGAAGCUGGAUCAGACUGGAUCUCUGACCAUCACAAACACCAGCACCACAGACUCUGGACUUUAUAACAUAAGCAUCGACAAAACAGAGAAACUGUUCCACAUCUUCAAUCUCUCUGUCUACGCUCCUGUGCCUGCUCCUGUCAUCAGCAGAGACUCUUCACAAUGUUCAUCAUCUUCAUGUUCACUGUUGUGUUCAGUGGUGAAUGUGAGUCAUGUGACUCUCUCCUGGUACAAAGGAAACAGUUUAUUGUCCAGCAUCAGUGUGUCUGAUCUCAGCAUCAGUCUCUCUCUUCCUCUGGAGGUGGAAUAUCAGGAGAACAACAACUACAGCUGUGUGAUCAACAAUCCUGUCAGCAACCAGACGAGACAUCUCAACAUCACUCAACUCUGUCAACCAUGUCCAGUCUGCAAUGGACAUUGUGGCUCUACUGAAGCUGUGAUCCGAUUGGUCCUCUCUGUUCUGGUGGGCGUGGCUGCUGUUGCUGUGCUGGUUUAUGACAUCAGAUCUACAAGAAGUGAGCUUGACAUGACAGAAGAGACCGAAGAUCUCUAUGAGACCUAUGGAGGAAAAUCAGACUUACACUAUGAACUGAGCAGAAGGUUGAGUUGCCCAAAACAAGCCCUAUAUUAAUACUAAUUCCUGUAUAAUUGCAUAUCUAUU